CCUGUGAAAAACCAUUAUCAGAAUAUUACGGCAUUUCUCAAAUUAAAUGGGAUAGAGACGGCUGUGGUACAGAUUUAAAUAUUAGUGAAGAUGGUUAUACGGUUAGCGCGCCUCUAAAUAUAAUUAAGCAUCAAAAUGUAAGAACAAAUUGUCUCAUGCGUAAUGGAACUCAUGAAUUUCAUGUUUUAAUAGAAAAGACUUGUGGUUGCGCUUGGGUGGGCAUCUGUGGCGAAGGUCUCGAUUUUUCUUAUUUUUCUGGAUAUCAACCACAUGGAUGGGUUUGGGGCUCGGGUGGAUACUACACCCAUAAUAGUAAAUCUAUUACGGACGACGUUCCAGCCUUCAUACAGGAUAAUGUGAAAAUUAUUGUGCACCUAAACAUGGAUAGUAAGACACUCGCAUUUUCAAUCAACGGCACAAAAUAUCCACCAGUUACAUCAUGGACCAAUUUCCCAUCAAACCUUUAUUUUGUCGCUUCAGUCAACUGGCCAGGAAAAUUUAGGAUUUUAUCACCAGAGGAUUAA